UUGACAUUAGACAGUUUCAAUCUGGUGGGCAGGAUCUGUUCAUUAGGAUGUCUGCUUCGGAAUCAGGAUCGAAGAGAAAUGAGAAUAAGUUGAAGAUAGCACUGAUAAUUGCAACUCCACUCGCUGCACUUCUGGCGAUGCUUAUUUUAUGCUAUUACUUCUGCAAAAACAGGGGAAGCCCAGAAGAGAGAAUCAAAGAGAAGAAAGAAAAUGACAUAAAGAAUGAAGGCCAAGAUGACGACAUGGGGCUUCCAGUAUUUCAACUAGCUACAAUCUCACAUGCAACUGAUAAUUUUUCACUCAGCAACAAGCUGGGUCAAGGGGGUUUUGGACCUGUUUACAAGGGGUGCGGAGUACAAUGGGUACUCCAAACCCGUAAACAUCUCAGUUGGAAAGGCAUAGAGUUAAUAGCCCUUCCGUUAGGUGUCGACACCUAUAUUUUGUGUCGACACCAUGUCCGUGUCGGGUUUCACAAUGCUCAGCCCUUCCAGAAUACCCUAACCUCCCUUGUUGAUAUUUUUGGCUCUGGGUUUCCUUAGUUGCAUUUCUAGUACCUUCCAACUGUUUGCAGCAUGCUUCUAUUCUUCAACCUCCUCACAUCCUUCCUUGAUGCUUCAAACAGGGGAUUUCACCAAGUUAGCUGCUUGUCCUUAAUCUUUUCUCUUACUGGCACAAUUGAAUUUUAAGCAGCCCAUCGGAUAUUGAAUCCAAUCUGACAAUGAAAAAUAGCAGCCUUCCCUUUUACCUUUGAUCCAGUUGAAUGCCCUUAUCUGUACCAUCUCUAAUAGCUUUCUCCUGUCAACCUCUUUCUGUUUAAAGAUCUUCUCGUUCUUGGCAAGCCAGAUUGUCCAUGUCACCGUGAACCAGACACACUCCCAUCCAAUCUUUUCUGUAGUCAUUUUAGCUGCAUUCGGGUGCUGUUCAAAAACCUUUUUACAGUCUUUGUCUUGUACUGUUCUAAUGCCCCACCACUUGUAACAAUCCCUCCACAAAUCUGAAGCUAUUUUACAGUGUAUAAAGAGAUGAUUGGAAU